AUGUGCCGUGGUACAGUACAACCACUCCUUAGAUAUGAAGGUACGUGCUGUGUCACGCGAGUGACUGGAGCAUCCUGCGUCCACAGGGCAGCUUGCCAGAACUGCAACACUUAUUGCCGCAAUGCUCGCCGUGCAAUAGACAUUACAAGUUUUUUCGAAAUAAUUUCAGCAGAUCAUGCCCGUCAUGCUUUCUUUCUGUCGUAUCAUCGCUUUGCUGAGGGGUAA